UAAAAAUAUAACAAUGUCAAGCUAAGAGCGGAUUGAAGUUUUAAAAUCAACCCGCAGGGUCAACUAUUUUCCAGACAUUUUUUCUAUACCACCCUGACAUUAAUCAUUCUAAAGACCAUGACUCUUAUAAAUGUGUAUUACAAAUAACACGCACUUACGUAUGUCCAGUUGAAAGUAUGACCGUGACAAACGCUAGCCAGAGGUCAUUAUCCCAUACUCAUAAACGCAUCUUCACGAUCGAUAUUAUCGACCGGAACAAUUAAAUGUGGCUUUUGUUAACAAUAUAGGUGUACAUAUACACCGAGGUUGAUUUAACGAUUGUUUCUAUGGUUACCGUUGGCUCAAGGGUUUCAUUGGGGUCUGAAGCAUUAAGGGAUAUAGAUCGACGGAGUUGUCCGCCGUUAACACGCGGGUGAACACUCGUUCUCACACUUGCUACUUGCUACUUGAUACUUGUUACUUUUUAUAUUUACUUUCAAACUAGACCGAGUACUCGACACUUGUUGUAUUUCACCAGUCUUCCACUCUCACAAUUUUAUUUGACAACAAUAUAGGUAUUUAUCCACGCCGCAGGACAGUGAAAUAAUUAAAAUUACUUAUAUCAAACAAAAGAAACAGAGUUUAAAAAAACAAAUAAAUAAAUAACAAAUUUUGUUUCACUCUCCUGCGUAAUAUAAGAUAUUUUAUCUCGAGCCCCUCUGUUAUCAUAUUAAAGUUAUAAAAAAGAAAAAUAAAAUAUACAUUUAUACGUAAUAUAUAAUAUCCUGCGGGAUAUAAAAAUGACGGGAAGAAUAUCUUUAGUCGAGCAAAAAAGACUGCAGUGGGCAAAAGAACGAGAAGAAAUGGCUAGAUUAAAUGAGCACUGGAAUGCCUCAAAGCCAUCGAAUCCAAUUUACUCAGCAAUUCGCUCGAGAAUGUCGACCCGCGACUACCAGAGUACUAGUAGCAGUAGAAAGCCUCUCCGUGCUUGUGAAGACUACGGUAGUGCUGCAAGUUUGAAAAGUAUCGACACUGCAUCAACGAGCUUAAGAAGUUUGAACUUUCCCAAUAGUGGUAGUAUGAUAAAUAUUGUUGAUUGCACAGAACUGCCAGAUUCGAUGCGAAGACGAAGUCCUAGCUUACCGCCAAUAUAUUCCAAAGAACAUCAUCAACAUCAACACGCAUAUAAAUCACAGGAACUUCCUAAUCUAGAAAUAGAAGGUUCUCGGCUUAUAAAUCAACCACGAACACAAAAACAUUCAAACAACGAAGUAGAACGUGACAUUUUAAUUCGUAAUACGUACGAAGAACGUGAAGGCGAAACUUCUGGUUAUGCCAGUGAUUCCAUUGAACCGACUGUUAUUCAAACUGCCGAAGUGAAAAGAUUACUUCCAUUAGAAAAAUCACAAGGGGAUAUUGAAAUGUCUGAAAGACUUUGGCAAAAUUCUUAUUAUGAUUUACCAGAUCCUUCACUGCCACCAUCGCGAAAAUUCGCCAGCUCUCGUUUAGGUGAGCUGAAUAGACCCCGAUGGGGAAGUAUUUGGAAUCAAGAUAAUACACGAAAUGACUUGCCGCCGCCCUCAUGGUUAGAGCGAGGGCUAUCUCGUCUAGAUCACUCUAGCCAGGUCUUAGUAAUUAAUCAUGACAACGUUAGUAGUCCUGAUAGCUCAACUGGUUCUACAGACUCAAAGACUUAUUUACGAGGUCACAAUAUUCCAGUAGAUGCACAAAUACUCCAAGAACGUGAAGCACGACGACAAAAAGCCCUUGAGCUUCAGAGUGCAAUAAAGCAGCAGUUGGAAGAAAAAGAUAGACGUAGGAAAGAAGAGAAAGAGAGAAAGCUCAGAGAAGAGUUAGAGGAAGAAGAAAGAAUCAAAAGGGAAAGAGAUAAGGAAAAAUUAAGAUAUGAAGAAGAACAGCGAAAGCUCAAAGAAAAAGAAGAUGCUAAGUUGAAAAAAGAACAGGCCAUGAAGAAGAUCCUCGAAACGGCAGAACGACUGGCUAAAGAGGAAAAGCGACAGCGUCGUCAACGAGACGAUUUUAAAAUCGUUGAUAAAGUUAAAAACCCUGAUGUAAUUACUGAUUGGAGAACUGAUGUAAGCAACAAAUCUUUCUCCGUCAAUGAAUUUUCUGAGGAUAAUCAUAAUCUAUACGGACAGACUAAGACUGAUAUCAAUAUUUCUUCUGAAUUUGAUGAUUUGCAAAUAAUUAAUGUUAAUAAUAAUAGCGAUGAUUACAGCAAUGUUAAUGAUAUAAAUCAUGAUAAUAACAGUAAUAAUAUUUAUAAUAAUAAUUAUAAUGAUGAAUGUUAUCCAACUGAUACUAUGGAAUCUUGUAAUAAAAAACAAGAGGAUGAAUUUGUUAAUGAAGAAGUAUGUGAAAAUGUGAUGAGAUUAAAUAAAGAUGUAGCGAUUGUUUUAACGGGAAGACUUGAAGAUACUGACUUUCUAAGUAGAAACAAUGUUAAAUUAUUAAACUUAAUUGUUAAUUCAAGCACACAAUGUGAUAAUAAUUCAAUGGCUGUAAAUAAUAAUAAUAAUAAUAAUAAUAAUAAUAAUAAUAAUAGCAAUAAUAAUUUCAAUAAUUUAUUGAAAAGCUUAACUAAUUUUUCAUCGGGAAAAAAUACAUGUGUAGCAUCUUGUUCGCCAAGAAUUAUUGAAAAUCGUUUGUUAACUCCAAGUAAAUAUAGAGUGACAUAUGGAAGAGAUUUUGGUACACAAACAGACGCUGAAAAUGAUAGCAGUGAUUUAGGAAGUAAAGAUGCUUGCAGAGGAUCUAAAGAAAGUGUUAUAAGACGGGAUACUGAUAAAAAUAUGUCGCGAUCUAAGUCACAACCGCGGCAAAGUAUUGAGUCACGACCACGCUGGAAUGCCAAUAGGCCUGGGACGCGAUACAGAACGCAGAGCGAGAAGGAUCCCCAUUAUCAGAGACGUAUGAGAUUGAGGAGACGACGAGUGGAUUCGAGUGAUGAGAGAUCAAGGUCACCGUCAUCUGACCGCAGGAAAAUGAGCACCAUCAAGUCGAAAAUUCGUAAUGCAAUCCAACGAAAAUCCAAAGCGGAUAAUUAUGAUGCAGACUUGUCAGUGGAUAGUUUGAAUUCAGCUGUACCAUUACGCAUUAAUGAACACGGACGUAUUAUUGUACAAAUGAACAAGUCUAAUAAUAAUUCACGUGUCAAAGAUGAUUUCAAAACCGAUGAUGAAGAUAAAAGAAUAGAUUCAAAUACUAAAAAUAAAUUAAACUUGUGGUGUGAACAUGAAAUUCUUUCAGAGUUGGCUUCUUUAAAAAAUGGUUUAUUGGCGAAACAACGCGAAUGGGAAUCAGAAAGAUGUCUACUGUCACCGAACACUGAGUUUUAUUAGUUGUAUCAAUAAAAAUUACUUGCGUAUUAUUUAAUGAAUAAUUUAUUUUUAUUUAAAUUGUAU